AUGUCUGACGCCGGCGAGAUCGAGGUCGAGAACUCCGCCCUCUACGAGGUGCUCCCUAAGGAUGUUGUCAAGGAGGUUGGCAAUGUCAAGCUCUUCAACAAGUGGGACUACGAUGUCGAGGUCCGCGAUAUCUCCCUGACUGACUACAUUUCCCUGCGAAACCCCGUCUACGUCACCCACACUGCUGGCCGUUAUGCCACAAAGCGAUUCCGCAAGGCCAACUGCCCCAUCAUUGAGCGAUUGACCAACUCUCUGAUGCACCACGGCCGCAACAACGGAAAGAAGCUCAUGGCUGUCCGAAUUGUCGCCCACGCCUUCGAGAUCAUCCACCUCAUGACCGAUCAGAACCCCAUCCAGGUCGCUGUCGACGCCAUUGUCAACUGCGGUCCUCGCGAAGACUCUACCCGAAUUGGUUCCGCCGGUACCGUCCGACGACAAGCCGUUGAUGUCUCUCCCCUCCGCCGAGUUAACCAGGCUAUCUCUCUCCUUACCACUGGUGCUCGCGAGGCCUCUUUCCGCAACGUCAAGUCCAUUGCCGAGUGCCUUGCUGAGGAGCUGAUCAACGCUGCCAAGGGUUCCAGCAACUCUUACGCUAUCAAGAAGAAGGACGAGUUGGAGCGUGUGGCCAAGAGCAACCGAUAA